UUGAUAGCAGCACUUCUGAAGCUAGUAGUCGUCGGUGUUGUUGUUGUAGUUGUUGUCGCGGGUAGGUUAAUUAGUUUGAAAAAAAUACUAAUCAUCCGGACGGUGCAUAUAGAUUAGGUGUGGAAGAACGACCUCGAAAGGAAAUUGGUGGUGAAUCUUCAGAGCAGGAAUAAAUAGAGUGUGACCCGCGUUAAGCAGUUUGUCAAUUGCCUGCGGGAGCAGGAAAACCUCAAACCAUAAACAACAGUUCAACCAAUCAAUAAUCAGGAUGGUUCCUAGCAGAAGCCACAACGUGAACUCCCGAACAGCACUACUGAUGCUGAUGGCCAUUACCGCUGUGACCCGGGCAGAUGACACCGGGGGGUCCAGCAGCUCGAACACACCGAACAAAUUGGACGACUACGUGCUCACCACCCAGUCGGAGUGCUACAAAUCGAAACGACUCUUUUCGUGUUUCAAGUAUCGAUUUUCGCGCUACGUUUGGUCAUUCGCUUCCGGCAGAAUGAAUUGGUUCGUAUCGGAGGAUCAUCCGUAUGAAGGUGGCAACGGUCUGCAGCUGGUGCGGCUUAACGAGCCACAGGAAGACGAUGUGUUUCCCGAGGCGCGACAGAUAUUACCGUACGACAACGAGAUGCUGAGGGCAGGUAAAUUCCUCCAACGGUCGCUGAACACCUUUAUCGCCGUCCAUGGCGUACGAAUCGGAAUGGGAGCGGAGAGUGGUGCCCGCUUGCUGUCCGAUAGCGAGGAUUUCGAGACACGUGGCAAGAAGAAAAAGAACAAAUGGGGACUAAUUUUGCCGCUUGCGUUGCUGCUCAAGUUGGUUCACAUGAAGCUGCUACUGAAACCCAUCCUGCUUGGCGUGGGCCUCAUUCAAAUUCUGCUCAUUCUCGGAGGGCUGAUCAUCUUCCAUUACUUCCGCAAUAGUAGCAUCUGUCGGAUCCAGCCGCAUGUCAUUCAUUCCCACGCCCACAUCGCCACAGAGUCAUCGCCAGAAAUAUCGUAUGCAGGAUAUGGAGCAUAUCCUUCCUACUCAGCUUCACCGUACAACGCGUACAGCAAGGAUUGGGCCGCCAAUCGGGCCUACAGUGGAUACAACUUUGUAGAUGCGAUGGAAAGUCAGAAGAUUUAAAGAGUGAAGACGUUGUCAGAGUAUGGAGUGUUCGUUAAUGAAUGGACUCAUUCUCCAAUGAAUUUUCACCACCUGUAUUCUCUCUUUCUUGUCUUUGUUUAUAAUCCCUAGAUUUGUUCUUACUUUCUGAUUCUACUAAGUAAUUAUUUGAUCCUUCUGAAGCAUAUUGCUACAAUUUUCGAUUCUAAGCAAUACUUAUGCUAUAUAUUUAUUUCUGAUUUUUCUGACUUAUUUUUUUCUUACAUUCUUGCAGUUUUAUAUUAAUUUAAUCAAUUUCUAGUCUUUGCUAACGUAGGCUAAUUUUCUCUGCCUAAGACUUUCUCCGGCUUUCUUUCUCUGAAAAUGUGCUUGUUAGUAUUACAAUAAUGCUAGGAGUAGAUAAUAUUUAUUGAUUAUUUAUUGCCUUAAUAAUAAGUUUGAUAGUGCACAAGUAGCUUCUAAUUACUGUUUUAAUUCAAUCGUUGAAGUAAUAAAUUUUGAAAAAAUAUCGA